CGAUUUUCGGACCAAAAAUUUGGCGUCUUCCUUUUCUUUUCCACGUUUACGUAUUAGCAAUCACAAGGCCCAAAGCCACCAGCGACGAAGAAGAAGAUGAGAUUGAGCUUGAGAUUGUUGGAAUAAAAUAGAUGGUGAGAAGAUGAUGGUGGCAGCAGCAUCGAUAUAAGCAAAACCCGUUUCUUCGGACUCUUUUCUUUUCGUAUCAUCUGUCGUCACCAACCUUUGAGCUUGUUAUGGCGACGACUCAGUCCCCUGCUCCUCCCUAUUCCACCGAAGAUAAGCCCCAAACUACUCCAGAGGUUGUACAACAAGCAAAUGAGGUUCAACAAGAUGUUAGGCCAGAGGCUGCUAAGCCGAAUGUUCCAGCAUCUGUGUUUGUGAACUCCGAACCGAUAAGAGAGGACCAGGUUUCGAAUGCUGUCAAAUUUCUUUCACAUCCCAAAGUUAGGGGUUCCCCUGUUAUUUAUAGACGAUCAUUUCUCGAGAGGAAAGGCCUUACAAAGGAGGAAAUUGAUGAAGCUUUUCGGCGUGUGCCUGACCCUCCUCCUAGUACACAGCCUGCUAGUUCGAACCAUGAUGGACAAGUGAAGCCUUCAUCUAGCGUUCAAACUCAAGCCACAAUGCAAACUCCCCAGCCUGUAGCAGCUGCUCCUACUGGUAUUGUGUCUGCCGGGACACUUGCACGGAGGCAGUUUCGCUGGUAUCACGCUGUUUUUGCUGUAGGGGUACUGGCAGCUUCAGGAGCUGGCACAGCUGUAUUAAUCAAGAAUGCUAUUAUCCCAAGGUUGAAGUCUUGGAUUCGUAAAGUUGUGUUGGAAGAAGAGAAUGAAAAUGCCAAGAAAAGUGAUGCAAAACCAAGUUUGGCAGAAGAGGCAGCUGCUGCAGCAAAAGCAGCUGCAGCUGCAGCUGCUGAUGUUGCAAGAGCAAGCCAGGAAAUGUUGAACUCCAAAAAUGAAGAGAGAAGGCGCUUUGAGGAGUUUAUGAAUCUGAUAGAUGUGCAAGUACAAGAAAUGAAGUCAAUGAGUAAUGCCAUAAGGAAAUUGGAAGGACAAGCUAAUAGCUCUAGCAGAACAUUUGUUGAUCAUGAAGAUCACAGAGUAUCUGCCUCAAGUACAAAGCAAUCCUAUGUGAAUGGCAUGGCAGAUGCUGAUGUGCGCUCAGUGAGAUCUGCCUCACCGCCUGCAUCUGCGGAACCACCUCACCCAAAGUCAUAUAUGGAGAUUAUGGCCAUGGUCCAGAGAGGGGAGAAACCUUCAAAUAUCAGAGAAAUCAAUGAUAUGCCUCCCAACCCUAACCAGCAACCAUCAAAUCCUCGCAUAGCACCAAGAACUAAGCCUUGGGAGGCCCAAAAUGGCUCCAGCCAGGUACUCCAGUCUCAUGGAAGUGGCGAUGGCUUGAUUCAAAAAGUUCAAGACAAUGGGUUAAACUAUUUGGUUGACGAUGAGAGCUCGACACCUUGGUGGCAACGGAAAAAUGUCAGAAUCACAGAGGUUGAAAAUGAAGAUGAACUUAAGGCUGGACCUUAUGGGGUGAAAACCAAUGAACCACCAGUUCAACGUACAUGGGUUCCUCCCCAGCCACCACCUGUGGCAAUGCCAGAAGCUGCUGAAGCCAUUCGACGCCCAAAAUCGUCUGCUCUGAAAGACGCUGCUAAACAGGAGGAAUUGGCUGAUGAUCAGUCAGUGGCUCGCCCUUUAGAGGCAACUGAUGAGUUACAGAGGAUCACAAAAAUAUCUGAGUCUGCAGGUGUAGUGGACAUAAAUGGGGGUUUUCCGGGCAUGAGCUCCACUGAGAUACAAGAACAAGAACAGAGCAACUAAGAGAACUGAAGCCAGAUAAACUUUCCAGGGUAAGCCUGAUUUAAGGUUUACCAACACAUCUGUUUAAAAAUGAUAAAAAGUACCAAAGAAUAUUUUCUGUCAACAUCUAAACUACUGUGCUUUAAAAUUGAGCAUCCUUGGAGUAUAGGAAGACCUUUCUUUUCAUAACAAGUUCUGUAUGUAGAAUAAUAAAAAUAACAAUUUAUUCUGUGCUAGUUAUUGAAAGUAUCAUCUUGCCUUUUA